AUGAAUAAUUUAUUGACUUUUACAUGUCUCUGCGUGAGCCUGACGGCGGUUGGGAGCACCUGGUUCCAGACAGGCUGGCUCGGUCGGCUGGUGCAGUACCACAAGACUAAGUUCCUGGAUGAGCUCAACGAGGUGGCUCCGAUUAAGAUUAAAGCAUCCAUAGUGCAGAAAGAGCCAGGCUUCGUGGACUCAUCCGAAUGGGACUUCAACUCCGUGCUACGUCUGCUGACGCUCAUGAGGCAGAGCCAGCAAACGGCGCCAGCGCGGCGCGCGCUGCGGCGCAUGCUGCAGCCGAUGACCAGGCGGUUCAUAAGCAAGGCGCAAAGCUACAAGUUUUUCCCUAGCUUGAGCAAGAACCACCCCAACGAGUUCUACUACGACAUCGACUCGGACGAGAUGUACGAGGAGGCCGACAACACCACAUCCAGCUCGCUGCUCGACGAGGACGCCGUGCUCGUCAUCACCAACCCCGUGGAGGCGCGCCUGCCCAGCGCUCAGAUCAGCGUGAAGCUGCUCAAACAAAUACUCGAAAAUAGAGCGAAAGCAGGGCGACAGAUGCCUACGACCAAAAAAGCCUUGAA